UGUAAGUACCUGAUUUGAUUAGAGAGGAGAGAAAAAAAUCCAUUUUUGCACAAAGUAAAUAAUCCUUUCUUUAUAUUCAAAAGGAAAAGUCAAAAAUUUACUCUAUUUAUCUGCAAUAAGCCUCUCUGGUUAGGGUUUUCUGUGUCUCUGAUUUUUCUUUUCAUUUCAGCUUCUGGAUUGUGCUCAAUUAGUUUUAGCAGCAACUCUUUACUCGGGUUUUCCUCUACUGGGUUUGGUUGGUUUGGAUGGCUUUGGGUGUUUUGCGUUCUUAGCUCAAAGACAGGGCUUUGGUACAGUUUGUCGUUAGUGGGUAGCUUUGGUACAAGUUUCUUGAGUUCUAUAGAGUUUCUUUGUUUGGACAACCUUGGUGGCUAUGUUAUUUUUCUUAUUGCUAAAGUUUUAAGGUUUGUUUUGUGACUUGGUUUGUGUUCUGGAUUGGGUUGUUGUAUUUGGCUCGGCAAUUCUGCGGAACUGGAGGUGCUGCGGUGAUUCUUUCAUUUGUAUUUUGCGGAGUGGGUAUAUCUGGGUAGUGGGAUUUUGUUGGUUUUGAUAAGGGUCUGCUUGGUUUAAUAAAUUUGGUGGCGUUGCUUGUGGCGGCGGCGGCGGCGGCGGCGGCGGCGGCGAUGGUGAUUCAUGGGUACUAGAAGGGUGAAUGUUAGUGGGCAAAAUGAUAAUAAUGCUGUAACGGAGAUGCCGAGUUUCGUUCCUCCAAUACCCACUUCCAAUACCAUGGGCACCGAAGGAAAUAGUAUACGAUCUCGAAUUGCAGAUUUUGGAACCCUUGAACAAUCACUGGGAUUUCGCAUAGAAGAUGCUUCUGUUGACCUUAGCAGAAAUCCUGUUUAUAAUCAGUUAAAAUCCAGCAGCCAGGCAAUAGGCACUGACAUCCAAUUUGGCAAUUUGAAUAAGUCGCUUGCAUCCUCAGAUAUAAAUCUGUCUGCUGUUGUUGCGCGUACCCAAACAUUGCCACUGCAGAAAGAAUCACAGUCAAAUCCAGUUCCUAUGCUUGGUAGCCGUCAUGAAAAUUGGGGAGAGACCAAUGUUGCAGAUGGGAGUCCUAGAACGGAUACCUCGACAGAUGACACAGAUGACAAAAAUCAAAGGCUUGAAAGAGGACAAUCAACUGCCAUCAUGGCAUCUGAUUGUAGUGAUAAAUCAAAAGAAAAAGCAGGGGAUCAAAAGACAUUACGCAGACUUGCUCAAAAUCGUGAAGCUGCCAGAAAAAGCCGGCUAAGGAAAAAAGCAUACGUACAACAAUUGGAGAGCAGUCGGCUGAAGCUAACUCAACUUGAGCAAGAGCUCCAAAGAGCCCGCCAACAGGGCAUUUUUAUUUCAAGCUCUGGAGAUCAAUCUCAUUCAAUGAGUGGAAAUGGUGCCUUGGCAUUUGAUGUAGAAUAUGCACGGUGGCUAGAAGAACACAACAGGCAGAUAAACGAACUGAGAGCUGCAGUCAAUUCACAUGCAGGAGACACUGAACUUCGAACUAUAGUUGACAAUGUCAUAGCACACUUCAAUGACAUUUUCAGGCUGAAGGGUGUUGCAGCAAAAGCUGAUGUUUUCCACAUCUUGUCAGGAAUGUGGAAGACACCAGCAGAGCGGUGUUUCAUGUGGAUAGGUGGGUUCCGCUCGUCUGAGACACUGAAGCUUCUUGUGAAUCAAUUGGAGCCUUUAACAGAGCAACAGUUGAUGGGCAUCUACAAUUUGCAACAAUCAUCCCAACAGGCUGAAGAUGCUUUGUCACAAGGAAUGGAAGCACUACAACAAUCUUUGGCUGAGACAUUGGCCAAUGGAACGCCUGGUUCAUCUGGUUCUUCUGGGAAUGUGGCAAACUAUAUGGGUCAGAUGGCCAUGGCCAUGGGAAAGCUAGGGACUCUAGAGGGGUUCCUUCGCCAGGCUGAUAAUCUGAGACAACAAACACUUGAACAAAUGCACCGCAUAUUGACAACACGGCAAUCAGCCCGUGCCCUUCUGGCAAUAAAUGAUUACUUCUCCAGGCUUCGAGCCCUUAGUUCUCUCUGGUUGGCCCGGCCACGAGAAUGACGAAAUGAAAGCAAUAUAUUACCCCACUAGAAAGUUAUUUUGGAGAUUAACCCUAUGACCUUACUUGAUAACUUCUGAGUUUUCGUGAUAAUUGAUUAUGAUCCAAGUGUACGGAACUUGGAAAUCAUCUGCUGAACAAUUAUAAUGCAGUGAGGUCAUGGUUGUAGUUGUAGGUUUCCGCAUUCCGCAUUGCAGCUGUAACAUCAGGUGUGUCUUGUAGAUUUUAUGCUUAUCCUGUGUUGUAAGACAUUUAGUGCCAAUAAUUUGAUUAAGCUUCAUGUUUGUUAGAAGUGAUAAAGGAAGAAAAGGAGUGGUACAUGUAACAUAGCAUACAGAAUCAGAAUCAAGGUGUAGUUUACAGCUAUCAAUUUGUAUACUAAAAAUCAGAAUCAAGUAGUUGCAUUUGGGUGUUCUUUAA